GUAUAACGUACGUGCUUAGAAUGUCUUGUAAAGCAUGCGAUGAGUUGUUUGACAUUCCUCCACAUGUGUAAGGCUUCCACCAUUACAAAUCUCUCCUGGCCAUGAGUGUGCUAUUUACGGAGGAGGAAGUACAGCAGACAAUCGAAUUCUUGCGUCGAUUUGUGGCGCUUCGACCCGACGCUUUCGGAGAGGACGAACCGCUACCAUUUCGAGUUACCCCUCUAUCAAUUUCUAUCAAUGAAUUGGAAGGAGAGAGCAUUGAAUGGUGCACGCAGUACCUCGAUAAAAGUGGAGCUCCUGAAGCUGUUGCUGCACUUAUAACUCGUGCAGCCAUUAAUAAAAUCAGCGCAAAAGAUCUUUCCAUUUACAAGCAAGAUGAGGGAGAAGAUGCUUUACUGGACUCCUCCAGAAUUGCCCGAGAUGCUAUAAAUAAAGUUAUAGAAGUUUGUAGGCAAUGGAACAGUGAGCCACCCUCCUUUCAAAAGUCAAAGAUGAAGUAUGAAUCAUGUGCACAUGCCAUUAAGAACACCAGAAGAAAAAUGGAGGACAGGCAUGUUAUCUUGCCUGAAUUUAACAGUCUCUUUGGAUUUCCACAGGACUGCAGCAAUCAAGCAUUUUUCGCUGUAUAUGAUGGUCACAGUGGAGUUGAUGCUUCCAAUUUCUCUGCUACUCACCUUCACUGUCAUCUUGCAAGGAACAAAAACCUUGCUACUGAUCCCAGACUGGCUUUGAAAGAAGCAUUUGAAGAGACAGAUGAGUGCUUUGUAGCAAAGGCAAAAAGAGAGGGUCUUCGAAGUGGUUCUACUGGCGUAGCUGUAUUUAUAAAGGGUGAAUCACUUUAUGUUGCAUGGUUAGGAGAUUCACAGGUCGUACUGUGUAAAGCUGGACAGCACCAUCUCCUCAUGGAUCCCCAUAAACCAAAUAGAGAGGAUGAAAGACAGCGUAUUGAAGCUCUUGGAGGUUGUGUUGUGUUCUUUGGUGCUUGGCGAGUAAAUGGAAGUCUUUCAGUCUCAAGAGCUAUUGGUGAUGCUGAGCACAAGCCUUACAUCAGUGGAGAGCCAGACACAGAGGAAUUGGAUCUUGAAGGUGAUGAAGAUUUCCUAAUCUUAGCCUGUGAUGGAUUGUGGGAUGUAAUUAAACCAUCUGAGGCUGUGAAUGCUGUGUGUCAGUAUCUUGCUGAAGGGGGAGAUAGAGCAUCUGUAGCAAAGUGUCUUGUGGAUGGUGCUAAAGAUGCAGGCUCUAAUGACAACAUUUCGGUAGUUGUUGUCUUCUUAGACUCUCACAAGAAAGAUGUCUGUGAACAAGAAGUUUGUGACAGUGUUUCCAGGUUAUCAUCAAGCAGUGCAGAUCAACACGUGCCUUUUACCAAGAAUGGUAGUAAUUCUUCUGAAAAUGGCACCAACCAAGAAACUAAUUGUGGAGACUUGGGUGAAAAAUCAUCAGCACUACCUUGUAAACUCUCACCAAAAUCACUCAAGAAAUCCUGUGAACCAUCAUCUAAAUCUGCUGAGGAUGGAGGUCCAAUAAAAGAAGAGAAUUCUCCAAUGACAUGAUAUUAAAUCAGCUCUACAAACCACAUCAGUCGCCUUUCAUUCUCUUUUAUAAAAUAUUUUUUAAAGAGAAAUUUUUAUAACAUCAAAUUUUUGAAGAUAUGACUACAAUUCCUACAAAAAAAAAAGUUUUCACCAUAAAACAGUGGUGGCCAAUUUCUAUCAACUAUGCCAGUGCUUUAAGUCACUUUAUGUGUUAAUGAAUGUAAAAGAAAAAUGAAAUGCUCAGUCAUCUGUAGGAAGAGGUUCAUCGAGGCUGAGAAAAAUGUUUUUAAGAACUUAUUUAUUAAUUUAUUAGAGAUGCUCCCUUGAAAUACAGUUGGACAGACUCAAAGUUUUUUUGCUGUAAGUUGAAGUGAACAAAAUUGUGGUAAUCCAUUUUUGACCAGGGAAUAUGACUUAUUAGUCCCUUUUAGACAUCACAACUGUUUUGCAAGAGAUCUGCAACAUGAUUUCAAGACAACUUCAAACAAUGAAUUCUCAUAGAUCCAUCUCCACUUUCAUUAUUUGCAUGUUGUUUAAAAGCUUGUAACAAUCACCAAACUUUGUGUGUAGCAGUGCUUAUAAUAGAAAAAUAUUGUGGAUUAAUUAGUGCAUUCAUUGAAAUGCAACUUAUUGAAGGUGCAUUAAGAGGGAAUCACCUUCAUGACAGCAAAUCAUAUAGAAUAAUGUUAAACAUUAAUUACCAUGUAUUGUUGUUAAUGCAAGUUAACCAUAUGUAAAGUUAAGCCAUGUGUAAAGAAAUAUCUGUUAAUAAUUUUUUUGUAAUUAAAAACUGUUUACAGUAAAUUAGCCCUUUGGCCCCUGACAGUGACCAGCAUCUAAUUUCUCCUUACAAUAUCACCCCUGAAACACACUUUAAGGUCCUGAGAAUAAAGAACAUGAUCAUUAACUAAAGAAGCUGUAGAUUGUUAAACAAAUUCUCCUUGUUAGUACCUUAGGAAAUGUAUGGAGACUAUGGAGAAUUUGCACACUGAUGUUAGGGAGUGAAGGGUCAAGUAAACAGAACAUUGUUAGAUUAUGAUUACAAUGGACGAGGAAUUUUUAGUAAAAUAUUUUAUCAAUGUUAUUAACUGAGAAGCAAGAUAUUUAACUGAUGCAAAUUACUAUAAUACAUUUUAAACUUAUAUGGAAAGGUA